AUGGCGACGACCUUGAAGAUCCGCUCUCCUGGAGAGGCAGUGGCGCGAAUUGCAUAUCUGUCCAGUGACACCAUUAUAUCCGUUCAGCCCGCCCAGUCCAUUGACUCCGAGUUCUCCUCGCAUCUAUACAGAUACGCUGCCCGCAACGACAAGAGUAUAGUAGCAGGCACCGAGAACGGCGUGCCCGAGAUCCAAACAGUCCGGAGCAACGCAGAUCCAUUAUUAUCAGUCUUCACCCCAAUCCGCAAUGGCAAGCUCGUAUCCGUCACUACCACCUCCUCGAUCCUCGUUGCCUCGGUACCUCACCUCUACCGACUAGCAGCCCUCCCUGUCGUCAUUCACGUCUCGCUGCACCCAGCCCACUAUGCCGAUUAUUCAUCCAUCACCGCAAUCCGAAAUACCGGCUUUACCUUCCUACAGUCAGAGACGCUGCAAGAGGCCCAGGACAUUGCAUUGACUGCGCAUGCCCUCGCAAUCAAGUCCGGCAAGGGUGUUAUUCACUUCUUCGAUGCCCUGUCUUCCGCCGAGGACAAUCACAUUCCUUUUGAGGAUGCCGAGGUUGUAAAGGAAAUUUUGAAUCUGGGUGCGGUGAAAGCAUUCCAGAGCAGCAGAAUUGGCGGUACCAGCAUAUACGCCGAUGAUGGAAGAGUGGCUACCAUUACGGAGGGGGUUACACAGACUACGCCAAUGACCGGGGUUGAGGGUGCUUCCAGCCUGGCAGUGGAAACCAUUGCCUCGGAGCUUCCAUCUAAAGCUUCCUCAGUCGGUUCCUUAAAAUCCGAGCGGGAAAGCAGCGUUGAGAGCAAGGCGACCAUUUCUUCCGCGACGACAGUGGAAAACGCCACGGUACGGCCAAUCAGCUCAGACGACGUCUACAACUUCGUCUCUGCCAUAUGGGCUCAGCUCAAGCAGACCGUGGGCAGAGAAUAUACACCUUUCCAAUACUCCGGCCCGUCAAACGCCGAGGAUGCAGUAUUCAUUUUCGGUUCCGACGUGGGAGCUUUUGCGAAGGCAAUUGAUGCCGCCAAGCCUGGCGAAAUUUAUGCAAACGUUGGCGUUGUCACUGUUCGACUAUACCGGCCUUGGUUGGGGUCGAAACUCAUCGCGACAAUUCCCAAGUCCAUCAAGCGGGUGGCAGUUCUGGAACAAAUUCGAAGAAAGACAACCAAAUGGGGUCCUUUACUCCUAGACCUGCUUACGACGCUAAAAGCGAGCCCUGGAGGUGGUGUUGAGACGAUUGUUGGUCAUCAAUUGGGUUACAUUACCGCAGAUACCGUUGGACAAGCUCUCCGUGGCGUCUUCCAGAACCUGAAGUCAGAAAAGCCCUUUCAAAAUCUCGAAGUUGGAAACCCGCAUGGACCUGAAUCAUCCCAAGUUCAGGAUUUCUCGCAACCAAAAGUCGAGUCAGCGUACAUGAAAAUUUUGGACCAAAUAUUUGGCAACCGACUGUACCUUGCCAAUGCGAUUGGCAAGGAGAAUGCCGGGAUUUCACCUGAACUUGCUUCAACUCCCGAAUUUGGGUUUGGUUCUCUUCUCGCUAGAAAAGAGCACCGUCAAAAAUUCAUCCGUGAGGUUCAAACCGCUGUUGCAAGCUCAAAUACCGCUAUCCCAGAAGAGCUCAAAUCUUUGCUCUCAAACUGGGCAGCGAGCGUUGAAGACGACAAGAAGGCCAAUGAGCUAGCAGACCAAAUAAUUGCUAAGCUUGAGGCCAGUGGUUCUCCGCUAUCGAAGCAGCUUCUCUCAAACCAAGGUCUUUUCCGCAAGGAAUCUCGCUGGCUUGUCGGAUCGGAUGCGUGGGCUUACGAUCUCGGUAACUCUGGGGUUCACCAUGUCAUCGCUUCUGGCGAGAAUAUCAACACCCUCAUCAUCGAUUCUACACCAUACUCUGAGCGAUCCGCUGCUGACGCUGCACGGAGAAAGAAGGAUAUUGGCCUGUAUGCCAUGAAUUAUGGAAAUGCAUAUGUUGCCUCGGUCGCUGUGUACAGUUCAUACACCCAAGUCCUGCAAGCGAUGAUCGAAGCAGAUCAAUUUGACGGGCCAUCUGUGGUGGUAGCAUACCUGCCGUAUUUCAAGGAGACCGACUCUCCGUUGACCGUCCUUCAAGAGACCAAGAAAGCUGUCGAUCUCGGAUAUUGGCCAUUGUAUAGAUGGAAUCCUCAAAAUGAGGCGCGAAGCGAGCCAAAUUUUUCGUUGGAUUCUGAGCGCAUCAAGAAUGAGCUUAAGGACUUCUUAGCUCGUGACAACCAUCUCACUCUCUUAAUGAAGAGCCACCCGGAGUUUUCCUCUCAUUUGUCCGAGGAUUACGGUUCUGAAGUUCGGGCACUGCAAAAGCGAAAUGCAAAGGACGCUUAUGCCCAGCUUCUCGAGGGCCUUUUUGGUGCACCAUUGACCAUCCUGUUUGCUUCGGACGGCGGCAAUGCGGAAUCACUUGCAAAACGUCUAGGUAACAGGGGUAAGGCACGGGGCCUGAAAACCAUCGUCAUGGCGAUGGAGGACUACCCCAUCGAGGACCUGCCGACCGAGGAGAACAUUGUCAUUCUCUCCAGUACCGCUGGACAGGGUGAGUUCCCUCAAAAUGGCCGCGCAUUCUGGGAUGCAAUCAAGGACAACACCGAGCUUGAUCUUGCCUCUGUCAAUUACUCCAUCUUCGCCCUUGGCGACAGCCAUUACUGGCCUCGCAAGCAGGAUAAGCACUACUACAACAAGCCAGCAAAGGACCUUGAUCGUAUCAUGUCCAAUCUCGGGGCAAAGCGCCUUGCAGAUAUUGGUCUUGGUGAUGAUCAAGAUCCGGAUGCAUACCAGACUGGUUACCAAACCUGGGAGCCGCUCAUUUGGCAAGCACUUGGUGUUGACAAGGUCGAAGGCUUACCAGAGGAGCCACCCCCAAUCACCAACGAGGAUAUCAAGAUCGAGUCCAACUUCUUACGUGGUACUAUUGAAGAAGGUCUCAAGGAUACGACAACCGCAGCAAUCUCUGCAUCUGAUCAACAGUUGACCAAGUUCCAUGGAACCUACAUGCAAGACGAUCGUGAUCUCCGCGAUGAGCGCAAGGCACAAGGUCUUGAGCCCGCGUACUCUUUCAUGAUCCGGUGUAGAUUACCCGGUGGUGUUUCGACUCCAAAGCAAUGGAUCCAGAUGGACGACAUCAGCAACAGCUUCGGAAACGAGACUAUGAAGCUGACAACCCGUCAAACAUUCCAGUUCCACGGUGUUGUCAAGCAUAAUCUCAAGUCAGCCAUGAAAGCUAUCAACCAAGCCUUGAUGACGACCAUCGCAGCUUGUGGUGAUGUCAACCGAAAUGUUAUGUGCAGCAGUCUGCCAACAGCUUCAAAGUAUCACAAGGAGGUGUAUUCAUGGUCGAAGAAGAUAUCUGAUCACUUGCUGCCAGCAACAACUGCAUACCAUGAGAUCUGGCUGAAGGAUGAGAACGACAAGAAGACCCAGAUUGCCGGAAACGCCGUUCAGGACUUUGAGCCAUUGUAUGGCCCCACCUACCUACCAAGAAAAUUCAAGAUCACCAUCGCUAUCCCUCCCCACAACGAUACUGAUGUUUAUGCGCACGAUAUCGGUCUCAUCGCUAUCAAGGGCAGAGAUGGUAAUCUGGCAGGGUUUAACCUACUUGCUGGUGGUGGUAUGGGUGUGACGCACAACAACAAGAAGACCUAUCCUCGAACUGGUAGCAUGCUCGGCUACGUCGCAAAGGAGCAAGUGCAUAUUGCUUGCGAGAAAGUAAUGCUUGUCCAACGUGACCACGGUGACCGUAAGAACCGCAAGCACGCGCGGCUGAAGUACACCAUCGACGAUAUGGGUGUCGAUGUAUUCCGUGGCAAGGUUGAGGAAAUAUGGGGACAGAAAUUCGACAAGGCGAAACCAUUCAAGUUCCAGAGCAACAUCGAUACUUUCGGAUGGCAAAAGGACGAGACGGGCUUGAACCACUUCACAUACUUCAUCGAGAAUGGUCGCAUUGAGGAUACAGCUGAUUUCCAGAUGAAGACCGGUCUUCGGGAGAUUGCAAAGGUUCAUAAGGGAGAGUUCCGCUUGACCGGUAACCAGCACUUGAUCCUCAGCAAUGUCGCAGAUGCAGAUAUGCCCAAGAUGAAGCAGUUGAUGGCCAAGUAUAAGCUCGACAAUUACCAGUUCUCUGGUCUUCGUCUCUCAUCCUCCGCAUGUGUCGCAUUCCCAACCUGUGGUCUUGCCAUGGCCGAAAGUGAGCGAUACUUGCCAGAAUUGAUCACAAAGCUAGAGGGUGUGAUCGAGGAGAAUGGCUUAAGACAAGAGUCUAUCGUCAUGAGAAUGACAGGUUGCCCCAACGGAUGCGCUAGGCCUUGGUUGGCAGAAGUUGCCUUCGUCGGGAAAGCUUUUGGCGCAUACAACAUGUACCUAGGUGGAGGUUAUCACGGCCAGCGUCUCAACAAGCUAUACCGAAGCAGCAUCAAGGAAGACGAGAUCCUCGAGAUCAUGAAGCCCCUGCUGAAGAGGUAUUCCGUAGAACGCCAGGAAGGCGAGCAUUUCGGCGAUUUCGUCAUCCGCAUUGGCAUGAUCAAGCCCACAACAGAGGGCAAGACCUUCCACGAUGAUGUCGCCGAGGAAGAAUCUGACGAAGAAUGA